AUGCUUAACAUCAAUUGGUCCGAAGCCCUAUACAUCCUCAAACCGCGAAACCCGGAGCUUCUCGGGCCGAUGUUCAUCCGCACUCUAUCCCUAAUCACAGUCAUAACUCCUGACUUUCCCGGAGUCAAGCGCGGCGUCAAGACACAAUCCACUCUUAUUCAGUUACCUUCCGACUGGGAUCAUACCAGAUAUAAGAUGGUCUGCGCCAAGUGCCAGAAAUCACAAAAGAAAACAGAGCUUGCCACACCAGGCGUUAAGCGCAAAAAUGACUUGUAUUUAGGCUCGCCUGCCUCCAAUGACAAAUGCAAAUCCUCAGCUACAUCAAACGCCUCCGGCGUCGGGAAGAGCAAACUCCUCAGCAAAGGUGCAUUGAAUCCAUACGCAGCUUACAGCUCUACAUGUGCAACAUGCAAGACGAAGGUAGAUCAAGGCCACAAAUUUUGCAAUCGAUGUGCCUACAAGACUGGCAACGCCUGCGCCAUCUGUGGUAAGACCCAGAACAAGAGCAUGGCGUCUAGCGGUGGACCCGUGGUUCAGGGCCAGAAGUUUUCUUCCAAAUGA